AUGAAAAUACUGUAUUUUCUUUUGCUUUUAUAUUUAGGCUUCUGCUUUGAAUAUAUUCUACACUUCAAUUAUUAUGACACCCGCAUCAGCCUGCUCUCAAAACUCCCUCCCCAAGCACAAGCAACAAUUAUUGUUGAGCAUGACCCAUCUCAAAUGGAAGCAGUCUCAGACUUUCUCCUCAUAAUUUCAAAUGAAGAGCUGGAUUCAUCGACUUUGCCUGAUUUAAAAGGCAUUUAUCUUCAAAAGAGUUAUACAUAAAAAUGGCGACCACGUGCCACCCGACCUUUCGACCCUAUUUCCUCAACAUAUGUAUGCAACGGUCCAGUGGUGGGGAUAUAGGUCAAAAGAGGCGGAACCCUUUAUGUAUGUCGGGCUAUGUUUUUACUCGGGACCCAGGGAUCUAAUCCAUGAGGCUCGGACUUUCUCCUCUGGAACAACCAUUGGAAAGGACAAGAUCGGCGAUAGCCCCGAGCGGAAGCUGAUUCCCACGAACAAGACUCGAGAGAUAGCAUUUGUCCAACGAGAAACUGGGAGUUUCGAGCCAGGUAGUUGGCUCUUAGGCUCUAGAGGUCAUGGAAGCCAAGAAUGCUUCGCGCGAAUCCCUUGUUUGAGGCAGCAAGGAGGGUGCCAAACGGGACUCCUCAGUGAGCGAUGAGUGUGUAUGGGUGCAAAUCCCCGGUCCUGCUAGGCAAAGAACUUUAAAUUAUUUAUCUUCAAAAGAAAAUUAACAGAAAAACCCUUGCUUCUCAGUCACAAGGAAAAAGCCGUCGAUUAGAAGAAGUUUUACCGAUAAAAUAUUUAUGGGAUCAGAAUAAGAAAGGAAAAGGCGUAAAACUAGGGAUCCUUGAUUCUGGGAUUAAUAGCGCAGAUCUUAGUAAAAUUCUGAUUGAAGGGUGUAUAAAUUUUACAAAUGAUCUUGAUUGCGAAGACAGCACAGGGCAUGGAACUUUUAUGGCAUCACUUAUAUCAAGCACACAAGAUGGGUGUUUAGGGAUCGCCCCAGAGUCAACUUUGUAUAUUUUAAAGGUUUUCGAGGAUUCUGAAGAGUCAUAUACAUCGUGGUUUCUAGAAGCUUUUAAUUAUGCAAUACAGCAUGAUAUAUAGCAAUUUCACAUAUAUAAAACCGAUAAUAUGGAGUAUUAAUUAUAUUUUUAUGUAAAAAAUUAGAUAUUUGCCUGUAGAUUAGAAUUGAAUUUUUUAAAAAUGAAUAAAAAUUCUUAGCUUAUCGACUGGAGGAAUAGAUUUUUCUGAUACACCUUUUGUAGUGAAAAUAAAAGAGCUUGUAGAGAACGGAAUUACUAUUAUAUCAGCUGCAGGAAAUGAUGGGCCAGGAUUUGGGACAUUAAGUAAUCCUGGAGAUCAGCCUGAGGUGAUAGGAGUUGGCGGAUUAGACGAAUCUGGAGAAAAAGUAGCUGACUUUAGUAGCAGAGGACCUACAUUGUGGGAAAUGAGAGGUGGAAUGGGGAGGUUUAAGCCUGAUAUAGUAACUUAUGCGUCAAAUAUAAGAGGCUAUGUCGGCGGCAAAUGCUCGUCAAGUUCUGGGACAUCAGUUGCAACACCAAUUGUUGCUGGAAGCCUUGCAUUAAUAUAUAACGAAACUUAUUCUCCUGGACUGAUAAAGCAAGCCUUAAUCCAUUCUGCUGAAAAACUGCCUAAAUUUUCUAUAUUUGAGCAAGGUGCUGGAAAACUCGACAUUUUAAAUGCAGAAGAAUAUUUCCAAAAACCAAAAAAUAUUUCAUCAUUCCCUCCAAAUUUCAGCAAUAAUGAUGAAUAUUUUUACCCAUAUAAUUUACAAGGACUGUAAUUUCUACUUAGACAUGCAGAUGGGUCUGCUUUAAUUUUAAAUUUCACAAUAUUUCAUCCUAAUGAAUCAUCUGCUGCUUUAUCUUUAUAUUCAAUUGAAAAAAGCUCGUAUAGCCUAGAAAUAAAUAUAGAAAUCGCCAAUUUUUCUGCAUAUACUGCAUCUGUAGGUGUUUUUGUAUUUUUAAAUCAUUAUCAUGCUGAUUCUUUGCACGCUACAAUUAAUUUACAAAGCGAUGAUUUUAAUUUAUCAAUCCCCCUUAAUUUUAAAACAAGCUUGGUUCCUGAAAAGGAGUUUAGAGUUUUAUGAGACUUGAGCCAUAAUUUAAAAUACCCAGAAAAUGGAAUUGUUAUAAGAGAUGAAGAAGAAGACAACUAUUUAUUUGACUGAAGAGGAGACCAUCCUUUUACCAAUCAUUUGCAGCUAUAUGAUUAUAUAGUUUCAUUAGGCUAUACUGUUGAUUUUUUAUACACAGAUUUUUCUUGUGUGAAAUCUAAUUUAUACUCUACAUAUCUAAUAAUUGACCCAGAGCUCCCAUUUACUGAUUAUGAAAUAGCCUAAUUUUAUUGGCUAUUAAGCUUGUUUAUACUCAGCAUAUACGAAUUUUAAUAGAAAAUAAAAAAAUUAAUCAUUAUAAAGAUUUACAAUCAAUUUAAUUAAAUAUAAAAAAAAUCAGAUACGAUGUUGACAUUUCUGGGAUUUCCCUCAUAAUUUUUGCAGACUGAGGAGACCAUAAAUCUCUUUCAAAUCAGCUAAAAAAAGCAAAUUUAACGUCAGGAAUACCAGGAUCAAACAUUUUUACAAUAAACGAGCUUUUGUCUCCAUAUUUCAUGGAGUUUGGAGCAUCAAGAAGCUACUCAGGCGACGGAUUUUACACAUCUAAACAUUUCUCAGUAAGUUUUCACUAUAGUUUAUGCAAGGAUCUGAAAUCACACGAUUUCCUGCUGAUGGAUAUUUAAUAUCCCAAUCAUUUAUAGAUCCAAAAACAAGCAAAUCAAGAGAGAUGGGGGUGAUUGGUCUAAUUGAUUUUGAUGUCAGCCGUAUUGCAAUAGUAGGAGAUUCCAGCUGCUUGAACCCAGAUUUAUCGAAUUAUGACUGUUUAUGGCUUAUGGAAGAAUUAUUGGAAUUCACAGCGCAAGGUAACUCUGUAGUUGACAAUUGGUUUAAGCUACCUUAUGACUAUGAUAUUCAUAUUGAAGAAGAUGAUUAUGUCACUUGGGUAUAUCCAGCACCAAUUUCAGAAGAAAGGGUAAGAAAUCUUAAGUCCUUAGGGAUAGAAGAGGAAAAAGUGGUAAAUCAUGAAACUGAAUGGCAUGAAAUGACGCAGAAAAAAUUGAGGACUUGGAGCCCAUUUAGGCCUGAUGCCGAUAAUAUAGACUUGGUCAAGGUCGUCCAAUUUAUUGUGUCAGGAAUUUUAAUAUUGCUACUUGGAGUUCUGUAUUUUUCAAGAAAAAAGCCAGUUCAGCACCCAUUGAGAAGACUUAAACCAAUUUCAGUAGCUUCAGUUUAA